AUGAGAUCUCCGGUCUAUUUCCUAAUCUUUUCCACUUCAUUUCUCGUCGUUCCACAAGUUUCAUCGGCAGAAACGUGUCGUGAUGGUGUUGAUAAUGUGUUCACAGUGAACUCUUUUGGAAAUGACAAUUUACCGGUGACAGUGCGAGAUGUAGUGAUACGAGUGAACGAUAUCUACAAUAAGCCGUCCUGUCACAACAAUAAAGUGAACAUUCGAAUGCCCGGCUAUUUUCAUAUUAUGGGCGGCCAAGUCAUUGUCCCACGUGAUUUUGAUCUGAUCAAUCGCCGUGCCAUUGUUCGAGCCACGAUCUCUGUGGGCAACAAAGUAAUCUGUGAUAAAGGAGCUGGCGGAAUGUUCUUCAUUCCGAACAAAUUAUGCCGCUUUCGAAUUUCGACUUUUGUGCCGCCUGAAAUUUGUGGAGUGUUGCAAAGGAAAGGAACGCAUACUCUAGAGGAAUUAUGGAGGGAAGUUCACUUCAACUCCACUCAAGAAUUGCCACCAUCACCCAGUUUUCUCGGCAUUUCGCUUCUCGAUAUACUGAAGGGUGAAUACCGGAUAAAACUCGAGUUGACGAUCGAUGGAGAACGAGUGUUGCGAUUGACGAUGCCCUCCGACAAUGCCCCUAUGCAAUGGGGACUC